AUGGACACAUGGAAAUGGAGUGAUGGACGGUGGGCAAAUGGCAAAGCUGUUCAAACAAAACCCACUUCUCCAUGGGCAUCAACACACCCUUCUCAGACAACGGCAACGAGACGACGAACUCGAUUGGCAAAACCAAUGGUCUUUGGACUGGAUUUUCGACUAUUUCAGACCAAAGUUGACAUCCUCCGGUAA